CAGUGCCGGCUUGUGGGUAAGUUAAUGCUGUUGCAAGAAUACGGUGAAUUGGUAGGAGAAGGUAUCCUAUCCAUCCAACCCAAUCCCGAUAUCACAAGUAUGGUCGUCUCAUCGUCUGGUCUGGCCGUUCAGGACAUGAAGUUAGACCAUCACCGCGAAAGGAUUGAGUACCGUAUCAUACAUAUCAUACGGUACAUCGAGUAUUCCCAGUUCCCAGUCCGCAAAGACCAGCCGGAAUUACCCUACCCAACCAAGAGACCGCAGUCCAACAGAGUAGCGCCACCGAGUCACUGCGAGGACAAGUAUGAUACUCGAAUACAUUUUCGGUACUGUACGUACAGCGCAGCACGGUACCGGUAGUUAUCAUUGCUAACAAUGAUUGGUCUUCGCCUCAGAAGAUGCUUUUUCCCUCACUCUGUCUCCGUCCAUCUGCCAAGAGGGGACCCAACUUUGAUGUCCUCUCUCACUCACCUCUACUCGAGUGUACCGGUAACUCAUACCAUUCCAACCUCCCCCCUCGUUCCCUUUUCUUCUUUCCAAGCAGAUUUCUUGACUUGUUUGGAAUACGAAAUCUUUUACUUUCUCCUUUCUUUUCUUUUCUUGCUUGGUUCCGCAAAUCUACCUCGACAUGUCACAGGCUCAGGCAAACGACACUGAAAAGAACAUUGAGAUCUGGAAGGUAUGCCAGGCGGCUCUCUUCCUUUCCUUCCCUUUUCUCCCCCUGGCGGAUGCGGCAAGAAGGGGGGAAACAAAAGUUUCCCCUCAUCUUCAAAAAAUUUUCAAAAGAAUGUUUCCCUGAGCUAAGGUGCUUCGAUCCGGACAACUAGGUCAAGAAGCUCAUCAAGCGUCUUACCGAGGCGAGAGGCAAUGGCACAAGCAUGAUUUCCCUCAUCAUUCCGCCAAAGGAUCAGAUUUCUCGGGCCGCAAAGAUGCUGGCUGAAGAAUAUGUUAGUACAGCCUCGUUUUCCCCUGGCAAAACAUUGUUUGGAACCUCGCGAAAUCGACCUCGGAUAUGGCCGUUGAUUCACUCUGUUUUUUACCCCGUAGGGAACCGCCUCCAAUAUCAAAUCCAGAGUCAACCGUCUCUCUGUCUUGUCCGCCAUCACCUCCACCCAGCAGCGUUUGAAGCUGUACACCAGGGUCCCACCCAAUGGACUGGUCGUCUACUGCGGCGAAAUAAUCACGAGUGAGGGCAAGGAGCGCAAGAUUAACAUCAACUUUGAACCUUUCAAGCCGAUCAACACCUCACUCUACCUCUGCGACAACAAGUUCCACACCGAAGCCCUAUCCGAGCUGCUUGAGUCCGACAGCAGGUUUGGUUUCAUCGUGAUGGACGGUAACGGUGCCCUUUUCGGAACCCUCAGCGGCAACACGCGGGACAUUGUUCACAAGUUCUCUGUCGAUCUCCCAAAGAAGCAUGGCCGUGGUGGUCAAUCUGCGCUUCGUUUCGCCCGCCUCAGGGAAGAGAAACGGCACAACUACGUUCGAAAGGUCGCCGAGUUGGCCGUGCAGAACUUCAUCACCGCUGACAAGGUCAACGUUUCCGGCUUGAUCCUUGCUGGGUCGGCGGAUUUCAAGUCCGAGCUUGCCCAGAGUGAGCUGUUCGAUCAGAGGCUGCAGGCCAAGAUUAUCAAGGUUGUUGACGUCUCGUAUGGUGGGGAAAAUGGUUUUAACCAGGCCAUCGAGUUGGCAUCCGAGACGCUCAGCAAUGUCAAAUUUAUUCAGGAGAAGAAGCUGAUUGGCAAAUACUUUGACGAGAUCUCCCAGGACAGCGGGAGGAUCUGCUAUGGUGUGGAGGAUACCUUGAAGGCGUUGGAGCUCGGCGCUUGCGAGAGUAAGCGCACAAAUACCCCACCCAACUUGACCCGCUCCCUCAAGGUCGAAAGGAGCGGAGCAAAGGCUAACACUCCCCCCCUCACUCUAGCUCUCAUCGUGUUUGAGAACCUUGACGUCACUCGCUGGACCCUCAAGCCCUCUAGCGGAGCGCCGGUGAUUCUUCACACCACCAAGCUUCAGGAGCAGAACCGAGAGCGGUUCAUGGACAGGGUUUCGGGCCAGGAAAUGGAGGUGAUCGAGCAAGCCCCCUUCCUGGAAUGGCUAGCGGAGAAGUACAAGGACUUUGGCGCAACUCUCGAAUUCGUAUCUGACAGGUCCGGAGAAGGCAACCAGUUUGUCAAGGGCUUCGGCGGCAUUGGCGCAUUGCUCAGGUACAAGGUCAACUUUGAGCAGCUUGCUGAUAUUGAUGACGAGGACGAAUACUACGAUGGUUAGCAUGUCCCCUCCUUAACGUGCGCACAACUUGUUACCAGCCGCAACGACUGAUGGGACAGUAGAUUGAUGGUUUUGUUCCCUCGCACAUAAGCGCGAGGAUGUAUCUCCAGACACCGGUCUGAGGGCGUCCCGCGAACGGCUGCAUUGUCGCCGCCCUCGCGGUGACUGUGUUGCCACUGAUGGUGAGGAGGUGAAUGGGGUGUCAUGGCAGAGGACUGGUUUGAUGGUUUCGGUCAAUUAAGUGAUUUCACGUUCAAGUGGUGAGUUCCCCUCACUGUCCCUCCUAGUGUGUUUACGGGAUCCAAUGACUGACGGGUGUCGAGCAGGCAUUGAGAAAAGCACGGAAUGGAACGUAUAGAUGCUAUUUCAAUGCCAAAUUGAUGGAAAUAGGAGGGGUGCUGAAUCAGAACUCUGGAUGCGGGCGAAAAUGUUUUUGUUUUAGGAUACCAUGCAAUGCUUUUUUUUCUGUUUCCCGCUUUAAGUUUGGGGAUUUGCCGGUAGGUUUGUUGGGUUUGGUAUCGUGCUCUUUGUCAAGAGUAAAACACAGGAUGAGAGUCUUUGGGUUUCUUUUAUAUCGGAUGGUUUUGAAUUUCAGGGGAUUGGUGAGGGGCGAAGUAGUUCACGUAGAAUCACUCGGCUCCACAUGCCACUUGUAAUGGAUGGCACACCACCGCCACAGCCGUCCACCAGGAAAGGAAUAUAGCCCACUCACCAAUUCCACCUACUCGGAAAACAGCUUUUCCGUAACCUCCGUAAA